UGGGGUUUAAAACCCCGCUCCGCACGCGGCUCCGACACCAUAGAACUCGGUCGGCUACAGCGUCGCCGCUGUACGUUCGGCAGACAGCCGUAGCCGCGCGCUAUAGCUAUUGAGCCCGCAACAACAACAAGAGACACGCCACGGCAGGGACAUAGCAGGCACGCUUGCAGGCAUAGCCACCGCUGCACGUAAAGCAGCAAAGAAACGCGCCGCGGAUAUUGACACAGCUGGCACGUAGCGGUCACGAUAGCGUCCGGGCGCAGCGGCGGCAGCGGCGGCAGCAGCAGCUCCACGAACAGCCUGCAGCAGCAGCAGCUCCACGAACAGCCUGCAGCAGCAGCAGCUCGAGACGACACGGACAGAAGCGGUGGCCGCGGCGCAUACAUCAGCUGUGCGUAACAGAGGCUGUUGGUACAGGAUCCAUCGCCGCAUUGCUCUCAACGGCAGCCACCAUCAUCAUCAGCAGCAGCAAGUGAAUCUUCAUCACCAUCGGCACCAUGAGGCUCUCGCUGUCGCUGCUGCUGCUGCUGCUGUCUCUCUGCCCGGUCGUGCUGUGCUGGCCGACAGACAACGGAAACAAUGGUGGCGCCUCCGUGGAGGAUGAGAAGGAGGAGAUCGCGGCGGUGGGGAAGGAGGAGGAGGUGAAGGGGGUGAAGACGGAGACGGCGGAGCCGGGCAAGCGAGGGGUGGACGAGGAGCCAGGGGAGCAGGGCCUGACCUUCGUGUACCACCGCUACCCCGAGCUCCGUCGUGCCCUGCUCGCCGUGUGGCUGCAGUGCCCGGACGUGAGCCGCGUCUACAGCGUGGGGAGAAGCUUCGAGGGCCGAGAGCUGCUCGCCAUCGAGCUCACAGACCGGCCUGGGGAGCACCAGCCCGGCGAGCCGGAGUUCAAGUACGUGGGCAACAUGCACGGCAACGAGGCGGUGGGGCGUGAGCUGCUCAUCAACCUGGCGCAGUACCUGUGCGCCGAGUACAAGCGUGGCAACCGCACCAUCGUGAACCUCCUGCACAGCACGCGCAUCCACAUCAUCCCCAGCAUGAACCCCGACGGGUUCGAGCUCGCCGCCAGCCAGGACGGCCCGGACAAGGACUGGCUGCUGGGACGGAACAACGCCCAGGGAGUCGACCUCAACCGCAACUUCCCGGACCUGGACCGCAUCGUGUACGCCAACGAGCGCACCGGCGGCGCCAACAACCACCUGCUGCACGACCUGCGGGCACGCGUGGACAACGACCCCCGGAUGGCGCCCGAGACCAAGGCGAUGAUCCACUGGAUCAUGGACGUGCCGUUCGUGCUGUCGGCAAACCUGCACGGAGGAGACAUCGUGGCCAACUACCCGUACGACGAGACACGCACGGGCACCGACCAGCAGUACACGGCCUGCCCGGACGACGUGGUCUUCAAGAGCCUGGCGCUCGCCUACUCCCUGCCGCACCCGGUCAUGUCCAACCUGCGGCGCCCGCCCUGCGACAUGGAGGGGGACGACCGCUUCGUCAACGGCACCACCAACGGCGCGGCGUGGUACAGCGUGCCGGGAGGCAUGCAGGACUUCAACUACCUGAGCAGCAACUGCUUUGAGAUCACGCUGGAGCUGAGCUGUGAGAAGUUCCCGGCGGAGCGGGAGCUGCGCCGCUACUGGCGCGAGAACCGCGACUCGCUCGUCAGCUACGUACAGCAGGUGCACCGUGGGAUCAAGGGGCUGGUGCGCGACGAGAACGAGCGCGCCAUCGCCAACGCCACCAUCUCCGUCAAGGGCAUCGCUCACGACAUCACCACAGCGAGGGACGGGGACUACUGGCGCCUGCUGGUGCCCGGGGACUACCAGGUGACGGCGUCGGCACCGGGCUUCCAGAGCGUCACCAAGAAGGUGGCGGUCGCUUACAGCCCCCCCACCAAGCUGAACUUCGACCUGACGUCCAACGCGCACCGCGAGGAGGAGAAGGAGGAGAUGCUCACGUGGUGGAAGAUGAUGUCCGAGACGCUCAACUUCUGAGACGCAGCCACGGACGCGGAAUGGCCACUGUGUGUACCCCCCCCCCCACCCAGCCCCCCACUGCUUGUUUCCUCCCCCCCCCCCCGCCCCCCCCCCCCCCCCAAGUGUAAACCGCGUUGGCUAUGCUGAGCGCGACGUGGAACGAUGGGGUGUUGUGCGUGCUUUCGCGAAUCUUUGCUCGCUUGCAGAGCGAGGAUGGGUCUGAGCGGGCACCGGUUCCCCCCACGGCGAGGGGGGGGUGGAAGGGACUCGGUGUUGAACGUCGUCAUUUCAGAGGGUCCCAGGGGAGAGAGAACCCCCCCUCCCCGCCCCCCCUUUACUCAAGGUGCGGGGUCCUCUAUUGCCAAGGGGACCCCUGUCCUGUCUCUGUUCCGGAAUCCCCCCUCUCAAAAGGCAUUCCUCUAUCCAUAGGAACCGAUUUCAGUGCAAGGGGACUUGGUUACAGCCCCGGCGAGACCUGCCUGCAUGAAGGGGGGCUCGCCUGUCCAAAUGGACCCCCCCCUCUGUCAGUCAAAGGGGACUCGUCAGCCACAUCAAAGGCAGAGGAGGGGGGGUACUCAAUACUUGGCAGGGACCUCCUCGUUUCCUGAUUUAAUAUCUGGGUCAGAUUUCCCCGCGAGUUAAAAUGCGUGUCAGACCGGGCUGUCAAUCCGAAUCUUUAUUUAGAGACUGCAGGAGGAGGAAUCCCACGGGCGAUGAAGCUCUCACGGUCACGGAUGUCCAGUAUGGGCGGGACAAUCGUAAGGGGGACCCCCCCUCUGUCAAGGGGUGGGGACCAUCAACUCGAUUGUGGUGGACCUGUCAAGGGGGGGACCGCUAUCCCUAUACCCCGGGGGGGGAGGGGGCUGUGGGGAAUCUGCGAGUGCUCUGGCCGUGUUCGCAACGUGAUGGGAGAUGGAACCGAAAUGCCCCCUUGUCUCUGCGUGGCCGUGGUGGGUGGUAGCUGCCGCCGCUGCCAUUGUUGUAAUCGUGGAGUGUUGCUAUAGCUGUGCAGUAUUAUUAUAAUAUAAUCACUCUUGGUUGUGUCACUUUAUAAUUUGUGGAGUUGCGUGUUUGUUUCCUUCUGCUCCCCCUCCCCCGUGCAAUGAUGUCCUGGUUGUGAGAAAGGCCGUGCAGAUCGCGCCGAGUCGGAGAUAAUUUAACGUGUUGGCGCUUUUCGGAGAGAACGCCCGCCGGGAGAUGUUGGUGACAGUGUGUGGCCUGCGGUGAACCCUGUACCCCACGCCCCCAAUGCUGUGCAUGCCCCCCCCCCUCCCCCCCCCCCCCCCCUCCACCCCCCCCCCCCACACUCACCUCCCCCCCCCCCACACUCACCUCCCCACGCGCCAGGCCCCGACGGUUAGAACGCGGCGAUCGUUCCGGCCAGAGAGGUUCACACGCAGAGUGAAGAAGCCCCGGUCGCUGUCGUUUUAAAAAUUGACUUUAAUGAAUUUAACCGAAGGUGGUUUCCGUUCGUUCCACGUCGAGGGGCGUGCAUUGUGCGCUGAGGGGGCGGGGUGGGGGGCGGGGUGGGGGGCAGUAAAGUGUCGCUCCGCAUGCAGUCAUCGUGCGAGCGCUGCCGCGGCCGUGCCAAUGCUCGGACUCCGUCUCGAUCAGUGAACUGUGGGUGGGGGGGGUUGGUGGGCCCCGCGAACCGGCUCCAGUAACAGCGAGGGAUGCCUCCGGGUUUCUAGAAAGUACCAGACUCCGCUCCCCACCUAACACCCCCCCUCCCCCACCACCACGCCCGCUGCCACCACCCCCCCCCCCACCUUCCUCCGAUCACGAAAACGCGGUAGUUGAUUGUAUCCGUUCAAGAGUUCUGUGUCAACGCGUUAGACAAAUAAAUAGUGGCUCUGCUUUUCCCUGU